AUGGUGCGCAAAUUGAAAUACCAUGAGCAGAAGCUGCUCAAAAAGGUGGACUUUAUCAACUGGGAGGUGGAUAACAACCUGCACGAGGUGAAGGUGCUGAGGAAGUACCACCUGGACCGCAGGGAGGACUACACCGCCUACAAUAAGCUGAGCCGCCAUGUGCGGGAGCUGGGCCGCAAGAUUAAAGACCUGGAUGAGAAGGAUCCAUUCCGGGCCCAGUGUACCUCCAAGCUGCUGGAGAAGUUGUACGCCAUGGGCCUCAUCCCCACCAAGCAGGGCCUCCAUCUCUGUGACAUGGUGUCCGCCUCGUCUUUCUGCAGGAGACGCCUGCCCUCCAUCGUGGUGAAGCUAAGGAUGGCCCAGAACUUGAAGAGCGCCAUUACCUUCAUAGAGCAGGGCCAUGUCCGUGUGGGGCCCGAAGUGGUGACCGAUCCAGCCUUCUUGGUCACCAGGACAAUGGAGGACUUUGUCACCUGGGUGGACUCUUCCAAGAUUAAGAAACACGUCAUGAAUUACAACGAAGAGAGAGACGAUUUUGAUCUUGGUCUGUAG